AUGUCAAACCAACCACACGGCCUAGGGCAUACAAUGCUCGACCAAUUCCUUCUAGCCGAUGAUUGGAAAAACUUCAACCACGGGGCGUAUGGCACAUUCCCCAGAAAGGUCAGAGAUGAAGUUCGCCGUAUACAAGAUACCCUCGAAGUACGACCGGACAGAUUCAUCGGUUUUCAAUAUGCCGAUCUGUUGGAUACUUCUCGAGAGGCAAUGGCGAACUACUUAAAUGUUCCUACCAACGAGAUUGUUUACGUCAAGAGUGCAACAGUCGCCAUCAAUGUGGUACUUCGCAACAUUUCCUUCGCCCCAAGAGACAUGAUCAUCUACUUCUCGACUAUCUUUCCGCCCUGCGAAAAAAUAAUUCAGUCUGUCAUGGAAUCCACCCCAUUACAGGCCCGAAAGAUAGAUUUGGUUCUUCCGAUGAGUCACGAGGACAUUGUUGCGAUGUUCUUGCAGACGGUGCAACAGGCUACUGAGGAGGGCUUUAACGUCCGGAUCGCCAUUUUCGACACCAUUGCUAGUAAGCCUGGCAUCAGGUUGCCGUUCGAGAAAUUGACGGAAGUUUGUCGAGAGCGUGGAAUUCUCAGUUGUGUUGAUGGCGCACAUGGGGUUGGUCACAUCCCUCUUGAUCUUGGAGAACUAAACCCGGAUUUCUUCGUGAGCAUAACCCACAAAUGGCUUUACAAUGCGAGAGGAUGCUCUGUCUUCCAUGUCCCGCGCCGCAACCAACAUCUCAUUCGCAACGCAAUGCCGACCUAUCACAUGUUCAUUCCGCAAAACCAAGAGCACAAGCCUUCUUCACCAACAGCGCCACCGCUUGUUGAAUCCAAGUCGGUGUUUGAAAAUAUGUUUGAAGUCACUGCAAUGACCGAUAACACCUCAUACUUGACAGUCCCAACCGCUUUGGAGUUCCGAUCCCAAGUCCCAGGAGGCGAAGAUGCUAUUUUCGAAUAUAAUCGUCGGAUUGCAUUCGAAGGCGGCAAUCUCGUUGCCAAAAUCCUUGGGACUGAUAUUCUGGGAGAGCCUGAAUCUGAAUCUGGAAAAGGUGGACCUUGUCGAAUCAGGAAUUGUGCGCUCGCCAAUGUGCGUUUGCCAUUUACUGUCGCAGACUCGGUAGCAGAAGAGACGCCAAAGAUGCCAGCAACUUGGCCUGUUCUUAGCACUUCACAGGCGAACAAGAUUGCAGAACUCCUGUAUGAACGAUUUGCCAUGGAUCACUCUGCGGCUGUUACCUUCUUUGUGUAUGAUUCGGCUUUGUGGACUCGGCUCAGUGGGCAGAUAUACUUGGAGCUGGACGACUUCCAGUGGCUUGGGGAGAUAUUGAAAAAGCUCUGCUCAAGCCCUGAGUUAAUUUUGGGAGGUUCAAAGGCACUCUAA